GCGGUGCCCAUCGGGGCGGAGCCGGGCGGCCCCGGCCCGGAAGGCGGGUUUCUUUCCGGGCCGCGCCAUGGAGUCGCUGUGGCGGCUAAAGCGGUUCGAUGCUUUCCCCAAGACCCUGGAAGACUUUCGGGUGAAGACGUGUGGCGGCGCGCUGGUGACUGUGGUCAGCGGGCUCAUCAUGGUGGUGCUGUUCUUCUCGGAGCUGCAGUACUACCUCACGAAGGAGGUUCAUCCGGAAUUGUACGUGGACAAAUCGAGGGGAGAUAAACUGAAGAUCAAUCUCGAUGUUAUUUUUCCACAUAUGCCCUGUGCUUACCUGAGCAUCGAUGCCAUGGAUGUAGCAGGAGAGCAGCAGCUGGAUGUAGAGCACAAUCUGUUUAAGCAACGUUUGGAUAAAGCUGGGAAGCGUGUGACUCCAGAGGCCGAGAGACACGAGCUGGGGAAAGAAGAAGAAAAAGUGUUUGAUCCAAAUUCUUUGGAUGCCGAUCGCUGCGAGAGCUGUUAUGGGGCAGAGUCAGAGGACAUUCGGUGUUGUAACACUUGUGAUGAUGUCAGAGAAGCCUACAGGCGGCGAGGCUGGGCCUUCAAGAACCCAGAUAGCAUAGAGCAAUGCAAGAGGGAAGGGUUUAGCCAGAAAAUGCAAGAGCAGAAGAACGAGGGCUGCCAAGUGUAUGGUUUCCUAGAAGUCAACAAGGUAGCUGGAAAUUUUCACUUUGCACCAGGAAAGAGUUUCCAGCAGUCUCAUGUACAUGUUCAUGAUCUGCAGAGCUUCGGACUUGAUAACAUCAAUAUGACGCACUAUAUCAAACAUCUCUCCUUUGGAAGGGAUUAUCCAGGCAUUGUGAACCCUCUGGAUGGGACGGAUGUCACUGCACAGCAAGCUUCCAUGAUGUUUCAGUAUUUUGUCAAAGUGGUUCCCACAGUGUAUAUGAAAGUAGAUGGUGAAGUGGUAAGGACUAACCAGUUUUCUGUUACACGGCAUGAGAAAAUAGCCAAUGGGCUAUUAGGAGACCAGGGCCUGCCUGGCGUAUUUGUGCUCUAUGAGCUUUCACCCAUGAUGGUGAAGCUGACGGAGAAACACAGGUCCUUUACACACUUUCUCACGGGAGUUUGUGCCAUCGUUGGAGGCAUAUUUACAGUUGCAGGACUCAUUGACUCCUUGAUCUAUCACUCAGCACGUGCCAUCCAGAAGAAAAUUGAACUUGGGAAGACAACAUAAAUAAGCAAUGACCCCACGGAAAAACCUCUAAGGAGAACUAAACAGGUUUUUUGAAAACACAAGUGAUCUGAGUGCACAGGAGAAGAGGCUUUGAAUUUCCAGAUGGCCCUGACCACACUUAGGUUCCUGUCCCAUCAUUCUUUGUUUGGCAUUAAUAGGUAGAUGGAACUGCUUGAACCUUGCUGCUAUAGAGAUAGCCAUCUUGAUCUGGCUGUGCAGACCCUACUGUAAAACCCCUUUUGUGUCAGUCCACAUUCAUUCAGUUCCACCUCCCUCCCUGAAACAGAUGCUGCAUUCUGUUUGCCUCCAGGAAUAAUGUACUGUAUUGUCAUGAGACCUGGAAUGGAUUAAAGUUGACACCAAGUAAGUUUUCUGGCAACACCAUCUAGCUUUUAAGCUUUCUUAGAAAUGUGUCUGAGUGCUGAUGCUGUAUGCCGGACCUCUGUGCCAAUGUGCUGUAUUCCUUCUAGCUGUCCUGGGGCAACGUAGUGAGACAUAGCACUUGGGAUGUCCUUACUGUACUGUGGGGCAUUGCAGUUGCUCCAGGUUGCUCUUAGGAAAGAUGCAAGUUGAUGUUUCAGCAAAAAAAACAGCUGGAGUUUUAAUUGAUUUUUAACUCUGAUUGUGUUUUUCACUUCCCCUCUGCUUAUAUUUUGAAAUAAAGCCCAUUCUCUGUGUUUUGGUAAA